GUGUGGCUGGCAGGCUGUUUGGCUAGGGUUAAGCAAAUCUAUCUCCGAUUCGAUUUACUGGUCUUUGGACUUUGAACACAAUAUCGUCAAUACUUCAAUCAUAGUUUACAUCAACGUAACGAAGUUAUUUAUAUUAGUGUGUUAUUCGUAUUGCAUGGCCUGGGAAAUGGGAUGAGACGAAAUUUUAAACAAUCUUUGGAAUUUACACAUGAAUAAAACCAUUGCGCAUACCAGAGCUGUCUGAGGCGUGUAGUGGACAAUGGCUACCAAAACAACAUUUUUUUUUAAAGGACAAAUGCCCGUACGUACUAAAGGGCAAAUACACUGCACUUUUCACAGCGAAAAGAUAUUUCAACUUUAUUGUAUUACCUGUCAGGAGUUAGCCUGUAUUAAGUGUGUAUCAACCAUCCAUAGAGGACACAACUUAGAUGACUUACAGGAUCUUACACCACAAAAAAAGGGGAAAAUUCGUAAUUUCAUUGACACUUCAGAAUCCACAAAGAGCAAUGAAUUUCAACAAAAUUUGGCGUCUGUUGACCAAAAACUAUCGGAAAAUGCAGACAAUUUUGAAAAAUUAUGUAUUGCUGCAAAAGCCCAUGCUGAAAAACUGAAGAAAGAAAUUAAUGAUUAUACAUUGACAAAGAUUUCAAUCUUUAGGGAAAUUAAAGAGGAGAAUGAGAAGCUGCUAAGCCAGUACAAAGAGGAUAUUUACCGAAGAAAAGAACGAUUUUGUAAUUUUCUCAAAGAGUGCAAAGAAUCCGUUCAAACAGGGUCAGAUAUCCAGAUCCAUGACACUGAAAAAGAAGUGGACACACACAUGUAUAACACUCCACCAUCAGUGCCAGCCGUCCAGCAUGUGUCUUUCAGACCAAAUCUGUAUCCUUUACAGUCCAUUGAACACGCCUUUGGUUUGGUGACAACGGAGCGCAAGGCUUCCGAGAACAUGCUGAAAGAUUCAUCCGGGUCACAACCAUGCAAGAUUUGUCCUGCUAAUACCAAAUUCGACAAAGCAGCUGCGACAAAUCCGCAUAUCACGAAACACAAAAGAGCACCGCGAAUGCUAGCGACACGAAAGAAGGAGAAUGAUUUAGGUAAACCACUACUUCCGCAGGACCAGCACAGAAAAACGCGCUGUCAAACAACAAAGAUACUUGCAGAUUUUCAAUCUCCAUUUGCUGUCUUGGAUAUGAGUGUUAUUGGCGAAGAGGCCUGGACAUGCUGCGCGUGUUAUGACAACAUUACACUUAUAAGCAAUAAAGGUGAAAAGAAACGAAAUGUCACGUUAACGUUAACAAGCUAUGUUAUGGGUAUCAGCGUAUCACCGACGACCCAUCACUGCUGGGCUCAUUCGUAUGAUGGGAAAAUCGUAGAAGUGACUCCGACAAAAGUAAUCCAUCGCUUCAACACAACUAUAAAUAAGCUUCAUUCAAUCUGCGUUACUCUGGAUGAACACAUUCUCAUUGGAGGACCAGGAGCGCUAACGAAGUUGACAACCAACGGGAAAACGGUCUUUAAGACGACGACGUCGAGUUCUGGUCAGCCACUUUGUGUGUCACCCUGCAGGAUGUCAGAAUGUAGAAUCACUGGAAACAUAGCAAUGGUUGAUGGAGACCACGUCUUAGUGAUUGACAAACACUUUCAGCAACUUUUCAUGUACAAAGGUGCCAUGUCGACUGUUGACCAAUCUAAAGUGUCAAAAGCUUGGAGUCCAGAGGAUGUUGCAUAUGAUAACACAGGGAAUCUUGUUGUGUGUGAUAGGAACACCAUUUUUCUCAUCAGCAACGAAGGCAUGUUUCUGCGGCAGUUGUUUUCUGAUACAUCUGCAUACAUACAUUGUGUUUGUAUAGAGGAAACGGGCACACUUUGGUUUGGAAGCUAUGAUUUCCACGUAAGACUUCUUCAGUAUACGUAGAUUUGGUAUGUGACGUCUGAGCAAACAUGUCCAAAACAAUGUCUUAGUUUGACAACAAAAUUCAUAUGGUACAUGACCUUCUCAAAAUUCGUUGGAUUUUAGGUAUGAAAUAUGACUAGCUUUAUUCUGACUUAAGAAGUUUUAACAGACAAAAACCGCGAGGUAUUUAUCCUAUGUAUAAGAAUAUUGAGUUAGAUAUGAGUUAAGACCCCGUACUAGCUAAGCUCUAUUCACAUGCUAUCUUUAGUGAGUCUUUUCCAAUGCGAGAUUUUUCAACUCUAUGUAUCUAUGUUCAGAUCGAGUUUUUGUUUUUAAAUUUUAUGAAGUUUAUGAAACAACUCAACAUGAUAUGAUGAAAUCGAUACUUUCGUUCGAUGACGUCAUAUUCAACAAAGUGUCGAAUACAUCUGACCAAUAUGCUAAAAGGGUCAUUAUGAUGUAGAUCAGACAUUCCGAAAGCUUCAAUAGGUUGUUUUUUUCCUCUCUCUCCGCCCCUCUCUCGUUUUUUACAAAUGGUGUACAAAAUGACAAAUGUUAAGCCUCAUAGCUUGUUUGACCUGUAUCAUCCUGAACUAUACAAUCGACCGUGUGUAGCCGGGAACGUUACUCUACUCGUGUAUCCUCCGGGCUAGUUUCAGGGACAUCGAGUUUUUGUCGGGGUUAUCUAAAUUCCUUUUUUGCGUGGUUGUCAGGCGCCCUCUGUUGGUAUUAUUAAAGAUUAUUAUUGAGGUUUUUACCGUCAUUAUUCUAGAAAGCUUUGAACGUUCUUAACAUUUCAUUAUGUCUGUUAGUCUUAAGUUAUGCAUGCUUCUUUUGAGACUCGUCCGAAAAAGAAGAUGGCCAUCAGCUGGCGGUCAUCUAAGAUUUACACAGCGGAAGAUUGUUAUUAUAAGUACUGGACGGUUAUUGUCAAAUUUCAUUGAUAGUUGUCCCCUUAAUCCUCAGUUGUCCAUGCUACUUAUACAUGUAGUGUUUAAUUACAAAACAAAAUUGUGACCAUUUGAAAUCAAUAUUAUUGCUUGAGGUGUGGACAUUUCAUGCCAAUAUACUGAUGAUUUUAUUAUUCACGUUUCGUCAUAAAAAAUGACAGUUACACUAGUUGUGUUUAGUCAUACAAACAUUCUACACAUUGUAUGUUAUCUAACAUGUAGAUGUAUACUUGCUGCGAAAAUCGUAAAUAAAAAAUUGUGGUUUGCAGUUUUAUCAAGGAAUAUUUUAAAUAUUGUCUUGUGCAUAUAACAUUUUGGGACAUUCAAGGUACGAAAUUCAAAAACUGUACGCAAACGUUUAGAUAUUUAUAAAUGUUGGAAUCUGUCUACACUGUCAAACCAAGAACAAACAUGUUGUCGUAAUGAUAUGUAAGGAUCCAUUUGUCCUGAUAUAAAUCAGAACUGCCGCUGACUUGUGUUUUUUUCUCCACAAGAUACAUUUUUAUGAGAGGUAUUAAGGUUCAUUAUAGGAUUUGCCAAGUGAAAUUUAAUUAUGGCUGCAAUGUUUUCAAAACUUUAAAUGUAUUCAAUUUUACCAUGUCCCUUCGGGGGCUCCGUAGUAUCAUAUCAAAGAGUUAACAUUGUUUUCCUUUUUUAAUGCAUGGCUGCCCACUGUUUUUCCAAAAGGAGCAGUUCUAAAGAAGGUCUUUGUCAGGUAUAGUACUAGACCACCCAUGAAGUCGUGCAGCGUACCAGGGCAAAGUGAAAAAGGGGAUCAUGUUCCCCUACUACAACGGCAGUUAGUACUUUAAAAUACCAAACACUAUUAUUGUUGUCGUCUGCUUUGGUCGCCCGAGAACUCGGGGUGAUGUUCCGCUUAUCACCGAGAACUCGGGGUGAUGUUCCGCUUAUCACCGGGAACUCGGGGUGAUGUUCGCUUAUCAUCGGGAACUCGGGGUGAUGUUCCGCUUAUCAUCGGGAACUCGGGGUGAUGUUCCGCUUAUCAUCGGGAACUCGGGGUGAUGUUCCGCUUAUCAUCGAGAACUCGGGGUGAUGUUCCGCUUAUCACCGGGAACUCGGGGUGAU